AUGAUGGCGCCGAUAUCAUGCGCACAGACCAACCCUGAGGCGUAUAACAGACGGGCGCCUCCAAAACCCUUCUUUCGUUUCCUCCUCCACCUUCAGAUGCUGAUUCUACGGCAACCGAUGGCCCGAAGUGUUGGACCUGCACCGUGCCGUUCCUGUCUAAUGCAUCCUAUAAUUUCCUUUGUCGAGAGUCAAGAGGGGGCGCAGAUCGGCAUCGCUCGCGGCACACAGAUGGGAAAGCAUGGACAGGGAACACGGCUCUUUCGCCGACUUCAUUUCCCCUAUCCCUGCUACUUUCUUCUCGCUGAACAUGUCUAUUCCUUUCGUCAAAACUGUAUCCGUGGCAAUGGAAAGCGUCGAGGCUCUCUAGCCGGCAGAAAAUUGGGAAAAUGGGAGCGCUUUUUUCAGCUCUUCGUUUUUUGGGCGCUGAAGCUGAAGCACCAUGUCGGUUUAUCACAAGUUCAAGCUGCAUAUCCUUCCACCAUUGGUGACAGUCGGACCUACGAGGUAUUGUCGUCAGUCGCUGCCGGUAAGCACGCAUUUUUUGUGGAUGAUCUUGAUGCAGCCACAAACACAGAACGCAUUUAUGUUCCCGUUCAGGCAGAAUCGCUACAGAAGGACAUCAAAGUCGACGACCUCGAAGUCACCGUAAGCAAGGAGGACGCGCAUCCGUUGGUCUUAACCUCGCUGCAACCCCCACGUCAUCCUCCCUGA